AUGUCGCACCCGACUCAAGGACCUUCCACCAGCCAGUCCAACUCAGCGCGCUCUACGCCGCAACCACCGGCCAACCUCCCAGCCCGACCUCCUCCAUCCGCCGUGUCUCAGCCUGCGCGCAAUGUCGCUGCCUUCAGUGGUUUCAAGCCGCGCGCUGUGGCCGCGCCUGCAGCUGCCGCUCCAGCUCCAUACGCUGCGCCAGCCAUGAACUAUCCCGCACAGUACUCGGCCGCUCCAGCCUCGCAAUCCUACUACCCUCCCUCAUACUCCGCAGCGCCAGCUAGCCAGCCGUACUACGCCGGUGCUUCUUACCCAGGCGCUGCUGCCUAUCCCGCCCAAGCGCAAUACACCGACACUCCUCCUCAGAUUAAGAAUCCCUUCGCACCUCCACCAGCAGCAGGUCAAGGCUCUCUUUACGGUAAUGGCGGUUACGAUCCAGAACUAGAGGCUCAGAUCCAGCAGUGGCAGAGCGCGUACACAAACAAGGACGACCCUUCAAAGACGGCCAACAAGGGCGCUCCUACAGGAAAUGCGAACACCAUUCCGCUCGGUGCCAACAGAGCUCAGCCUACCACGUCCACUGUCUCUGCUGGUCCCGUGGCCCCUGUCGAUACAUCGGGAAAGCAGCAGACUGUUCUCCGUGAAGGAGGUGGUCAGAAGUGGGAAGAUCCUACUCUGCUCGAAUGGGGCACGCACCCGCGCUUGUUCGUUGGUAACCUUGCAGGUGAAGUGACUGACGAAUCUUUGCUGAAGGCUUUUGCCAAAUACCCCUCGGUUCAGAAAGCUCGCGUCAUUCGCGACAAGCGUACCACCAAGAGCAAAGGCUUCGGUUUCGUCAGCUUGGCCGAUACAGAUGAGUUCUUCCAGGCCGCAAAAGAGAUGCAGGGCAAGUACAUUGGCAGCCAUCCAGUCUUGAUCAAACGUGCCGAAACCGAGAUCAAGACUGUCGUGAAGAAAGACAACAACCGCUACAACAAGAAUAACAAGAACAAGAACAACAACAACAAAGACAAGGUCAAGGAAGACAAGGGUCCUCUCGGAGCCAACACCGGUGCCGGCAUUCAAAAGAAGCAGGCCAACAAAGCUACUGGUGGUGGUCAGUUCAAGUUGCUUGGAUAA